AUGGACUCAGCAGACCCAGUACGUGCAGCAGUCUCCAAGCAGGGAGCCAUUUUAGGGGCUCAUAAGCAAGCGUUGCAGGCCCUCGACACCCGGUGCCAAGCCAUAGGCGAGACUCAGGCUAAGAUCUUAGCUUCCAUGCAGGAAAUUCAGUCAGCUGUUUCCUCUACUCCAUGCCCGUCCUCUGCGUCUCCUGCACCCGUGGCAGAACCUCCCCAGUCUUCCCCAGCUCCAACCCCUUCAGGCUCCCUUUUUCGCGAUGUUGCAUUCCCAGAACCCGAGCCGUACUCAGGGGAGCAGGUUCCUCUGAAGAGCAUUGAGGUGGAGCUGGAGGUGAGGGACCAUGUGGCUACAGUGGUCUCCACUCUGAACUACGAGAACAAGGAGGACAAACCAUUAGAGGCUGUUUUUGUCUUCCCUCUGCCUGGAGAUGCUGCUGUCUGUCAUUUCAGCGCUCAGAUUGGACAGACACAGAUUGUAGCUGAGGUGAAGGAGAAACAGAAGGCUCGUGAGGAGUAUGAUGAUGCUCUGAGCUCCGGUCAGCAGGCCUUCCUAUUGGAGGAGAGUGAUGAGAGUCCAGAUAUAUUCUCUCUGAGUGUGGGCAGUCUGCCUCCAGGAGAGAGCGCCUCCAUCAGGUUGGAGUACGUCACUGAGCUGGCUGUGCAAGCUGAUGAUGGUCUGAGGUUCUGUCUGCCUGCUGUGCUCAACCCUCGAUACCAACCUCAGGGUAGUGAAGGUGCAGGAGUCCAGGUGACUUCUGUUCCAGUCUCUCUGGUGCCCUACAGUCUGUCUUUUUCUUCCCGAGUGUCCUCUCCUCGUCCAAUCUCUAAAGUAGAGUCCAACUGUUCCCUGGACCCUCUGCAGUACCUCAACACUGAUCAAACCCAGGCCACGGUCAAGCUGGCUGCAGGACACAAGUUUGACAGAGAUGUUGAACUGCUGAUUUAUUACAAAGACGCCCACCAGCCCACUGCUGUGGUGGAGGCAGGACAGGCCUCUGCUGAGCCGGGUGAGCUCUCUGAUCCAGUGGUGAUGGUGAGUCUGUACCCUGAGUUCCCCCAGUCUGUGAUGUCUUCAAUGGCUUCAUGUGGAGAGUUUGUGUUCGUAGUGGAUCGAUCUGGAAGUAUGGACUGUGCUACGAAUAACACUGAGCAGCAGGAAUCUUGGAUGAGCAGUGCCAGGGACACUCUGCUGCUCCUGUUGAAGAGCUUACCAAUUGGCUGCUAUUUCAACAUUUACAGUUUUGGGUCCAUAUAUGAACACAUCUUCCCUAAGAGUGUGGAGUACAGCCAGCAGACCAUGGAGGAGGCUCUGAAGAAAGUUGAGCAGAUGGAGGCUGAUCUUGGAGGAACAGAGAUCCUGCAGCCCCUCAAACAUAUUUACAGCCAGCCCUACAUUCCCAAUCAGCCCAGACAGCUGUUUGUCUUUACUGAUGGAGAGGUGGGGAACACCAAAGAAGUGAUUGAUCUGGUGAAGAAGAACUCAGGUUCUCACAGACUAACAGUCCACAGGUUGGGUGCUCUGACUCUGAUUCGCUCCAUGGAGAUGGAAGCGAGAGAUCGCAAAGGACAGCAAGAUGGAGGAGUGAACGAGAAAGUGGUGCAGCUCAGUGUCCAAUCAGGAGUGAGCAGUUCUUUCACUGCCUUCAUUGCUGUCAACAAAGUCAACAAAGUCAACAGCAAAGUGAUCAAGGACUCUUAUUUUCCAGCUGCUGUGCCUGAGCAGCCACCCAGAGACCCUUUGCUGCAGUUAGUCUCCCUGCAGGAGGCGUCUGGCUGCUGGCUGCUUGAUCCAGCUCUGGCUGCUGCACUGGGACAGACCAACGAGGAGGUGGAAAAGUCAAAGCCUGAAAAGACCAGCAGUGAAGUGUGGGCCACCAUUCUGGCUCUGAUCUGGCUUCAUGGUUUCAAGAUGGAUGCAAAGGACGAGUGGGAGCUUCUGGCUAUGAAGGCUGCCUCGUGGCUCUGUGCUCACAAUGCACCGUGUGUGUCAGAGUGUGUGGAUGCUGGAAAUGUCCUGCUGGGUUGCAGCGUGAAGAAAGAAGCUCUGGGACUCUGAGGGUUUUCUUAAAGUAGCUUCAUCUUCAGAGUGAACAGAAGCAGGUCUGCUUACUCCACACUGCCUUUGAUACAGAGCUGUUUUAUA